CCCCCCCCCGCCGCUGCCUCGAGGGGGAGAGGACCGCGCCGCCGGAGACGAGGCGCCGGUGUGGAAGUACAAGUGGUGCGGGGAGCGGGGGCGCGGCCGCGGGGGGCUGCGCCGUCCCGGUGCCGCUGUGAGAAGUUGCGCGCCCUGCCCCGCGCCGGAGCGGCGCUGAGCUCCGGAGCGGCGCUGAGCCCCGGCGAGCCCCCCGCCGCCGCCGCCGCGAUGGUGCAGCAGACCAACACGGCGGAGAACACGGAGGCGCUGCUGGCCGCCGAGACCUCCGACUCCGGGGCCGGCAUCGAACUGGGCAUCGCCUCCUCCCCCACGCCGGGUUCCACCGCCUCCACGGGGGGCAAGGCGGAUGACCCGAGCUGGUGCAAGACGCCCAGCGGGCACAUAAAGCGGCCCAUGAACGCCUUCAUGGUAUGGUCACAGAUCGAGCGGCGAAAGAUCAUGGAGCAGUCCCCCGACAUGCACAACGCCGAGAUCUCCAAGCGCCUGGGCAAGCGCUGGAAGCUGCUCAAGGACAGCGACAAGAUCCCCUUCAUCCGGGAGGCGGAGCGGCUGCGCCUCAAGCACAUGGCGGACUACCCUGACUACAAGUACCGGCCCAGGAAGAAGGUGAAGUCGGGCAACAGCUCCGCCAAGCCCGGCGACAAGGCGGACAAGGGCGGCGGGGGCGGCGCCGGCGGGGGCAGCGCGGGCGGCGGCUCCGGCGGCCCCCCCGACGGGGACUGCGGCGGCGGCGCCUGCCCCUCGCCCUCCGGCUCCGGCUCGCCCUCGGAUCACCGCAGCUACACCAGCUUGCGAGCCUCCUCGCCGGCCCCCUCGACGGCGCAUUCCUCCUCCGCGUCCUCCCACUCCUCCUCCUCUUCCUCCUCCGGCUCCUCUUCGUCGGACGACGAGUUUGAGGACGACCUCUUGGACCUGAACCCCAGCCCCGGCUUUGAGAGCAUGUCCCUGGGCAGUUUCAGCUCCUCGGUGCUCGACCGGGACCUGGAUUUUAACUUCGAGCCCGGCUCGGGCUCGCACUUUGAGUUCCCGGACUAUUGCACGCCGGAGGUAAGUGAGAUGAUCUCGGGGGACUGGCUGGAGUCCAGCAUUUCCAACCUGGUCUUCACCUACUGAGGCGGGAGCCGGGCCCUGCUGGAGGAGGCACCGGCGCGCGUGGCUGUCGGCCGGACUCGCCCACCCCGCCGGACGCUUUUGUGUCUUUUUCUGUUUUGUUUGGUGUUUGUGUUUUGGGGGUUUUUUUUAGGGGAGGGGAGGAAGCGUUUUGUUUGUUUCUGGGAAGGGGCUGUUGAAGGACUGCUUCUUGAGCUCGGGGAAGGAGCGGGAUCGCCCUCUCCUUGCGGAAAGGCCAGCAGUCCCCUUCCUCCGGCUGCAGACGGAGCCGCACACACCCCCUCCCAGAGAGGAGCCUGACGGUGCUUUUUUGAGAGACUGGCGGGAGCGAGACGCUGUCCCUUUCCCUUUUUUUUAUUUCCUGAAAAGAGAGACAGAGAAAGGGGGAGGGAGGGGGAAACCACACACACCUCUGGGUUCUUUGUUAUUGCCCAUUUUAUACGAAUAAAGAGGAGGGGGAGCGAUGCGUUGUGCUGAGCGCACACUGGAUGUCUUGAGCAUUCGCCCUUUCCUAUGAAAGAGCGAUCAGAACUGCUUGGGGGAAAAAAAAAAAAAAAAAGAAGAAGAGAAAAUCCACCCAAAUCCUUUGCAAGGUUCACGGUUGUGGGGAGAAAUCCUGUCCCGGUUUCUUCUGCGGUGAGAAGAGGCAACAAUGCUGGGAGGAGAAGGAGGAGGAGGUGGUGGAUGGAGCUGGACUGAGAUCCUAGUUAAGCGGAGAAGAGCCAGACUUACACUUGAGAGCUGUCUUGGAAAUACGGUGGGGGGG